AUUUUCUCAAGCCAAACAAUCCUAGACUUGAGAGAAAAGAGGGAGAAAAGCAUGAGUUGCUACGAGUCCUCUAUCCAGUGUUUAUCCACUGCUUUAUGGAUCUCGUGUCAAAGGGUCAUAUCCAAGAAGCUCGAGCUUUUUUCAAUAGCUUCCGAGAAGACCAUGAGAUGAUGCAUUUACGUGACCUUCAAAAAUUGGAGGGGGUUCUUUCUCCCUGUCAUCUGGAGGAGAUGGAGUUUGCUCAUUCUCUAAGGCAAAGCAAAGUGAACAUAAAAAUAUGCCAGAACUCUUACGAUCUUCUGCUGCAAUAUUUGCACAAAACACAAUCCAUUAUGGUUCUUGGAAUUAUCAAUGAGCGUAUCAACUUUCAAGUUUCUCCUGGACAGCCAGCCUCAAUUUCUGAUGAUGCUGAAGUUGUUACACUUGUUGGGAGUGGGCAGGAUGCAGCUAAUCUGCUAAAUCAAAAAGGAAAACAUUAG